UUAGCCCCGUCUGUCAACUGGCGGAUCAUGACUUCGGACCAUCCCAGCUCUCUUCAACAGCGCAACACCUUCGACUUUGAUGGAACCGUUGAUAAGACCCUUAGUCCCCCCGCCCCCUUCAGUGCCGGUCACGAGGUCUCUUCGCCUAACUCUACCUUUCCUCAACACAUUUCCUGACUCUCACCUGCUCCUCCAUGUGGAAGCGCCAUUUAUCGGCGAAUGGCUACCGCAUCCUCCCUUCGCGCAGCGCCUCACAAAUGGUCUCUCAACGGCCUGAGUUCCGAACUCAUAGCUCUUAUCUUUGAGCAGCUUCGGGAAAUAGACGACCGCGCCCUCGCUGCCGCGCGAUGCUUGUCAAGGCGCUUCGAGGCCAUUGCGACCCCUAUCACCUACCGUACUCUAUGCCUCAAUGAGCGCAUCGUUGCGCUAGAUGCCGACUCGCGGUAUCCUAAUCUCUUGUGCAACGUGUCUACCUACACCAACCAUGUGAUUGCACGAAGCGAUCUUGACCCUGACGGCAUCCGAAGGGUGCUGGACCGGAUCCAACGACUGAAAACCGUACGGUGGCAUUACGUCGACGCCGAGUUUAGAUCGGGACGCCUCUGGCUUCCGUCAGAUUUGCUCAAUCCCCAACAAACACGGUUCAGUGGCACGAAGCUGUUUGUCGAGGAUCUGCCACUGCGUGAAUUCGAGGGGCAGCUGCGAGACACCUACAUUCGAGCUAUUCCCACAGAUCUUCUAGUAUCCCUCAAGCUUGCUAGUCCAGCCCCACCGCUUACGACACGAUUGAACUCUCUAAAGCAGCUUCUCCUGCUGUCACGCCGUCUCGAGACAUUUCACUACGAAGACCGAGGACAAGGUACUAAUUUCAAGUUCGCGGAGGGAGAGCGCAUGCCACCGUUAAAGGACUUGGUUUUGAAGUCCUACGACUGGAACCAUUCCAAAGAGGACACUCGGCUACAUUGGGACUUCACCCAACUCGAAUCGCUCGACUUGAUUUCGGUGCCUGUCUUCAACUUCCUGGCAGCCGUUGAUUUCCCCCACCUCGCGGGGCUACGGCGGCUUCACUGCGAGGACUUCAGCGCUCACCUAGCUGACAGACGACAAGAGGCGACGGGUGGUCUUUAUUUGUUGGUGGCGCAUCACAUCCGGGCUCUGCAGACACUGAGCGUGACCUGUCACAUUCAGCUCUUCCCUUUGGAUGGCAUUCUCAGACAUGGCACCUCCCUACAGCUACUCCGGUUUCGUGACCAUGUAGGAUUCGGAGAUGAGGACCGACGGUGCCCGACGCUCUGGGCCGAGGAUAUCGCGACUUUGGCACAAGGACUGCCAUUUGUGCACACGCUGGAGGUAGAUAUGGAUGUGGCUCUAUGCGACCCGACAGAGUUUCUGCGCGCCAUUUGCAGCUUCCGCAGCCUGCAAACACUUAUGCUCCAUGUUCAGACGGUCCUUCAUCCCCUCGAAGUCGUCUACCCAGGGAUAGAUCGCGAUUACGACGCGGCCCUGCGCACUUUCCAAUUCCUCCUAAGAGAGAAACAGCUUGCCACGCCCGAUGUUCCGUGGAAGCAGAUAACCAUUAAUGUAGGCGGUUGGAGGAAAGUCAUGGUCCGCCGUUUCAGCACCGCCUGGCGUCAGCAGAACGAAAAUGGAGUCUUCGCCGAACGGUGCUUUGUGUUGGAGAGAAACGAAUACGGCCAGAUGGCAUUUCGAGAGGAAAUGAGCGUUGAGGGACGUUCAUCGACGCCAACACCCGAUCCACCAACGCCGAAUUUCGAGACUGAAUACGAAGAGUAAUGGACAAAUUCGAUUGUCGGGUUUGCCUUCAUUGGGCACGGAGCGAGCACGAGGAAGACUGCAUUGAUACCACGGAAGAGCAGGGCAGGACGCAAAACCCUGCAAAUCUACUAGCAUAUAGAUUUAGAGACUGGUAAUAUCAGUACUCUAAUCUUAAUGAUACCAAUGAUGUUAAUGACCACC